AUGAAUCAUGGACACUCAGAAGGAACAAUUGGAUCCCGGCACGGCCGACGCGUUCCGGCCGCAGUAGUUGAGCACGAGGGGCACGUCGAGCGGGAGGUUGACGGGGAUGCCGAGCACGCUGAGCCUGAUGGAGGCGCACAGGCAGGCGGCCAGGUCGAGGUUGACGAGGUUGCCCAGCAACGGGCAGCACUGCUGGUUCUGCGGCACGUUGAUCUUGAGCUUGAGCAGGACCAGCACGUCGGCGCACACUUUGAGGUCCGCCACCGCGUUCGUCGGGCACGGGUUGCCCCGCUGCUGCGCGCGGACGAAUACGGCGGCCGGGGAGGAGAGCAGCAGGGUCACGGCGAGGGAGCGCCGUGGUGGCGGUGGCUUCCUUGGUGGCCAUUAUUUGCACGCUUGGUGGUACGGUGGUGGCGAAGAGCAGCAGCUGAUGAUGCUAGUUCUUGUUUCGAGCAGUGCUCUUGGUGGGAUAUGCUUCUUCGAGUAUGGUAUGGCAGCUAG